UUAUACGCCUUCCUCUCCCCUUCGCUCCCCAAAACCCUACCCCUCUCCAAAACCCUCGCGGCACCGUCACUCGUCGUCAUCAAUCUCCGCUCGCCGCCCCGCACGAGGCCCCUCGUGUUCCAGCAGCCUCGCCCCUUCGCGUGGUUGGUUGAAGAAGCGGAAGAUGAUCGGGGCCUCUAGGCGAUCCCUCAGUGCCGCCGCCGCCGCCGCCGCCCGCAGCCGCGUGGCUGCCAGCGCUGCCUCCGCCGUCUCCGCCGACGCCGACGCCUCCUCAGUCCCGCCCCGCCCCGUGAGCAAUGGAGCGCCUGGGGUUCCUCAGCAGCAGAAGAGGCUCCUCUCAGUGCUUGCAGCACCCAAGGUUGCAGGAACAAGCAAUGUUGUGUCCCUCAAGCUGAUGGAUGGUGCCCUUAUUGGGAGACGCUAUGAAUCGAGUGCGGCAGCAGUUGACUCUACGGACCUGCCAGCUGAGAAGCAUGAGUAUCAGGCUGAGGUCAACAGGCUCAUGGAUUUGAUCGUGCACAGCUUGUAUAGUAACAAGGAAGUUUUCCUUCGAGAAUUGGUCAGCAAUGCUAGUGAUGCACUUGAUAAGUUACGUUAUCUGAGUGUCACGGAUCCUGAGCUUCUGAAGGAUGGUCCCCAACUUGACAUUCGCAUCCAAACAGACAAGGAUAAUGGAAUAAUAACAAUUACUGAUUCUGGGAUUGGUAUGACGAAACAAGAGCUCAUUGAUUCUCUUGGGACUAUUGCAAGCAGUGGAACUGCCAAGUUCCUGAAGGCAUUGAAGGAGAGUCAAGAAGCUGGCAUGGACAGCAACUUGAUUGGCCAAUUUGGUGUUGGUUUCUAUUCCGCAUUUCUUGUUUCGGAGAAGGUUGUUGUGUCAACUAAGAGCCCCAAAUCUGACAAACAAUAUGUUUGGGAAGGACAAGCAGAUUCUGGUUCUUAUACCAUUAGAGAGGAAAAUGACCCGGAGAAGCUCAUUCCUAGGGGAACGCGCCUUACUCUCUAUCUCAAGCGUGAUGAUAAGGGCUUUGCUCAUCCUGAGAGGAUUCAAAAACUUCUAAAGAAUUACUCUCAGUUUGUUUCCUUUCCCAUUUACACGUUGCAAGAGAAAGGCUUCACAAAAGAGGUGGAGGUUGACGAGGAUCCAGCGGAAGCCCAAAAAGAAGGUGACGAGCCUAAGAAAAAGACCAAAACCGUCGUUGAGAAGUAUUGGGAUUGGGAGCUUGCAAAUGAGACACAACCUAUUUGGCUUCGGAACCCUAAAGAGGUUUCAACUGAGGAGUACAAUGAAUUUUACAAGAAAACCUUCAAUGAGUACUUGGAUCCUUUGGCCUCCUCACACUUCACUACAGAGGGUGAGGUAGAAUUCAGGUCAAUUCUUUUUGUUCCUGCUACAAGGAAGGAUGACAUAACUGAUAGUAGGAAGACCAAGAAUAUCAGACUGUAUGUUAAGCGUGUAUUCAUAUCAGAUGACUUUGAUGGAGAAUUGUUCCCAAGAUAUUUGAGCUUUGUGAAGGGUGUUGUUGACUCAAAUGACCUUCCAUUGAAUGUUUCUCGUGAGAUUCUUCAAGAAAGUCGAAUUGUUCGUAUAAUGAGAAAGAGGCUGGUGCGGAAAGCCUUUGAUAUGAUACUUGGCAUUUCUUGCAGUGAAAACAGAGAUGAUUAUGAAAGGUUCUGGGAGAACUAUGGAAAAUUCUUAAAGCUGGGUGCCAUGGAAGAUAAGGAAAACCACAAGAGAAUUGCUCCUUUGUUGCGCUUCUUCUCUUCUCAAAGCAACGAUGAAUUAAUUAGCUUGGAUGAAUAUGUGGAAAACAUGAAACCUGAGCAAAAGGACAUUUACUUCAUUGCUGCGGACAGUCUGAGCAGUGCCAAAAAUGCUCCUUUCUUAGAGAGACUAACAGAAAAAGAGUAUGAGGUUCUACUUUUCGUCGACCCUAUGGAUGAAGUGGCUAUCCAGAAUCUGGUCUCCUACAAGGAUAAGAAAUUUGUGGACAUUAGCAAGGAAGAUUUGGACUUAGGUGAUAACAAUGAGGAAAGAGAGAAGGAGAUAAAGCAGGAGUUCAGCCAAACCUGUGACUGGAUAAAGAAUCGCUUGGGUGACAAGGUUGCACGUGUUGACAUAUCUAACCGUCUCAGGUCAUCGCCAUGUGUACUCGUUGCAGCGAAGUUUGGUUGGUCAGCCAAUAUGGAAAGGCUGAUGAGAGCACAGUCUAUGGGUGAUACAUCCUCUUUGGAUUUCAUGCGCUCAAGGAAGGUUUUUGAAAUAAACCCAGAGCAUGAGAUAAUCAAGGCCUUGAAUGUGGCAUGCAGGAAUAACCCUGAUGAUCCUGAAGCUCUAAAGGCUCUGGAUGUUCUCUUCGAAACUGCUAUGAUUUCAAGUGGCUUUUCGCCUGACAACCCGGCAGAGCUCAGUGGGAAGAUCUACGAGAUGAUGACCUCUGCCAUCGCCGGCAAAUGGUCCUCACAGUCGGAGGCGCAACCUGCCAACCCAAUCCCGCAGCACUCUGCACCCGUGAUGUCAGAUGAGCCGCUUGAAGCUGAAGUGGUUGAGUCAGAGCCCGCUGCUGAUGCUGGUCAGCAGAAGUAGGGCAAUCCCUUAGGCCUGCUCGUGCAAAACCUUUGUUUAGCUUUGAACCGUUGGGCACGUGGCAGAGAGUUUUGAGUUAUUUGUUAUGACGGCCUGUAUCUUUAUCAUGAGCUGUGUCACUGGUAACGUUGACGUAUCGGUUAGAAUUUAGAAGAUUAUAGGAAUAAUUAGUGGUUGAAUUACUAGAACCUGGCACUCGUUGUUCACUUGUUCCGUUACCAGGAGGGUUGUGGUUGGAACUACUACUUCAUCCUUUCUGCACGGAGGUAGUAGUAAUUUUGAAGGAACGUCAUUACUUCGUUUUGAAUUUUGAUGGCA